AUGAAUGCCCGCCAUACGGGAAACGACAAUUGGGGGUGGCAGAUAUUGAUAUUGGUAGGGCUGGGCAACGACGGGAAGAUCAAGUACUUCGGUGCUAUGCUUUUCUAUCUGGAGACGAAGGAAAUAUUCAGAUUUGUAUUAGAUUCUCGUCAGAAGCUUAUGGGCCAGAGGACGCCGUUGAAAACUCAGAUAGUUUUUGUCGACAGUUCUUUAAACCAAUCCGACAUUAGAGAAGGUCAGUUCUAUUUCGCAGAUAUGUACCACACCAAGCAGAGUAUCAGUAAUUAUCUUGGUAAGUACUUGAGUGCGAGGGUGGGAUUAGCGGGGGACAAAGCUUUUUGCCAAAAACUCAAGAAAGGUGUCGCCAUUACCUUUACAUUGCUAUCAACAUACUGUCAGGAAAGAAUGCUGCUACAGGGGUGA